AUGGAAGCACUUUUCGAAGGUGAACAAGUUGAAGUUCCUGUGGCGGAACAACCACCGCCACCGGAACCGACACCGACGCCAGAACCAGCUCCAGCCCCGCCAGUGGAACCCACCCCCACGCCGUCACCAGCACCCUCACCGGCACCUCCAGCGGAAGAUGUCCCUGCAGUUCCUUCCGCAGAAGGUGUCCCACCGGUGGAAGGAGCUGCGCCAGCACCUGCUGAAGGUGCGCCGGCAGAAGGUACCCCAGCAGAAGGUGCCGCUCCAUCUGCAGAAGGUGUUACGCUACCAGCGGAAGGAGCUGUGCUUCCUGAAGGAACUGCACCUGUUGCUUUUGCGGAAGGAACAGCACCGUCAGCGGAAGGCGCACCGGUUGAAGGAGCUCCUCCAGCCGAAGGUUCUGCACCAGUUACUGCUCCUGUCGAGGGUGCACCCGUAGAGGGAACACCAGUGGAAGGUGCAACACCAGCAAUACCGGAAGGAACUCCUGCGGCUCCGCCAACGGAAGGAGUUCCUUCAGCCGAAGGAACUGCCCCUGCCGUAGCUCCAGCAGAAAAUGCUCCUGCUGCAGCUUCAGCAGAAGGUGCACCAGUUGCACCCUCCGAAGGAGCCGCUGCGCCCGCAGAUGCGACCCCCGCAACUCCAGCGGAAACCGCACCGGCGCCUGCCGAAACUAAUCUAGUUUUGAUAUUGCGAGUUACAAUCCGCAUCAGAGGCAAUCCCGCGCUAAAGAGCGCGAAAUACAUCAUGAACGCACCUGCAUCGUAACUUGGGCGGAAAAAAGGUCGAAAAGCGAGAGAAAGAGAAAGAGAGAGAGAGAGAGAGAAAGAGAGAGAGCGAGGGAUAAUACACUUGCCGCAUAUUUUUCUCUCGUUGACGUCAAACCUUGCGAAACAUCUGCAGGGUCAACAAUAAGAAACGGAUAUGAAACCGCGAUCUAUAAGUUACUGCGGCUCGCACUUUUCUUAUCGUCAUCAUCAUUAUCAUCGUUACUGUCAGCGUCCUUCAUCUCUAUCGCCGCUAUUGCUUCAUUACUAUCCUUGCAUAUUCAUCGCCCAUGCAUCACGAAAACUCGCACGUGCCGCACGAGAUGCAAAGGAAACCAGAAUAUGCGAAAAAGAGAGAGGGUGAGAAA